AUGCGAAAAACGCGAAUAAAGACGUGGAGUGAAACGCUGUGUCGUUCACACUUCAAUCACUUGAUAAAAUUACGAAAUGAUAGCGAAUCGCCAACUAGAAUAACAGCAUGUUAUCCCGCAAAGCAUAUAGAAAAAACAACGGUAUAUACGGUAGACAAUACACUUCUGGAGCAAUCAUCGAAGAUAAAGCUAAGUGUUCGAUGUGGUGCCUUAAUUUUAAGUCCAUUACGUUUGAUGCGAGUAUUUUCGGAAAGAAAACAACUUUAUCAGAAAAAUAAAACGAAGGUAAUUGUUACAAAUGAAACGACAGCUUCAACUAACGACAAAAACAAUUAUCGAAUUGGUGAGGGCGGCUUUGGGGCUGUAUUUCGAUAUGUGUACAACAACCGUGAUGUAGCGAUUAAGCAAUUACAUCACUGUCGACAUUCGUCAUCUUCUGAUUUUUAUUCGUUUUGCUCAGAACUGAACGCCUUCCGAUUACCGCCAUCACCAUACGUUGUUCAGGCGGUUGCGUUCACGUCAUCCGACAUUUGUUUACAGGUUGUAACAGAAUUUAUUGAAGGGAAAAACUUGCAACAAUUGAUUAGUGAUGACAAGUGGAAUGUUACCUUUUUGCAUCGUCUACAGCUUGCUUUUCAGGUGAUAAGUGGUUUAGUGCAUUGUCAUAAUCAUUUGUUACUACAUUUGGAUAUUAAACCAGCUAAUAUUAUUGUACACAUAAAUGGAAGGACGUGUAAAUUAUCAGAUUUUGGUUGCUCAAAAACUGCAACAACUUCAGAAAAUGGCUUAUUAGUUGUUGGUGAUGCAACAGUAAAUGCAGGAUUUGGUACCGUUGCUUAUAAGGCACCAGAAUUAUUAAAGGGUCAAGAAAUCACAGAUAGAGCUGAUAUCUAUUCUUUUUCAUUACUUCUAUGGGAACUUCUGACACGGGAAAGCAUAUGUAACUCCAUGCAUCCACACGUUUUUAUCUACAGUGUUGUCGUACACAAAUUAAGACCUAAAAUUGAGCAGUUGAAUAUACCGAAAGAUAAGUAUGGUAGAGCCUUAGUUACGCUACUUGAAAAUUGCUGGUCGGAUGAAUUAACAAGACGUCCGCGUGCUAUUACAGCCCAACAAAUCAUCAAAAAAUUUGUUGACUCCAAAAAAAAUUAA